AUGGAUAGAGACAGGGACAGGAAAUGGAGCUGUUGCAUAUUUCUAUUUUUGUGUGCUGUAAAUGUUUAUUGUGAUUUGGGAAAACUACAAAGGGUUUAUUCAUGGAAUCAAGUGAAUUUUAGAGCAGAUACUCCCAACACGCUGGGAAGUAAUGAUUUUGUGUUUCCUAACAAGAAUCAAGUUCUUCGUGAAGAUGGUACAAAUUUUAUUCGUUAUAACAAUGUGCCCAUGGGAGUGGAUCGAUGGAGAGAUAAAUUAUUCGUAACAUUUCCCAGAAGAAGACAUGGUAUACCAGCAACUCUUGCAUAUCUUUCCUUAUCCCAAGAUGGUGAUCGCAAUAGAGGAAUUUUUGAUCCUCCGUUGAGACCAUAUCCCGACUAUGCAACUAAUGCGUAUAAUAACAGCAAUUCAAAUAAAUUAGUUUCUGUGUACAGGACAAGGAUUGAUUCUUGCGAUAGGAUGUGGAUGGUUGAUACUGGACUGUUAGAAAUUCCAGGAGAAUCAACUCAGGUGCAACCACCAGCCAUAGUGAUAAUUGAUCUGAAAACAGAUCGGAUCAUUCAUCGUUUUGAGCUGCCAGAGUCUGUAAAUCCUCCAAAUGCUCCAAUUGCUAGCAUAACCGUUGAUCUCAUUAAUAAUAGAUGUGAUGAAGCAUUUGCUUAUAUGCCUGAUUUGACAACUUUUGCUGUAGUAGUUUACAGCCUCAAACAAAACCGAGCCUGGCGUGUGCGCCAUAAUUCAUUCUAUUUGGAUCCCUUAGCUGGUGAUUAUGAAAUUGCUGGAUUAAAAUUUCAAUGGAAUGAUGGUGUCUUCAGCUUAGUACUGACACCACCACAAUCUGACGGAUAUCGUUACCUCAUAUAUCACGCAAUGUCCAGUACUAAGGAAUUUGCAGUAUCUACAAAAGUAUUGAUGAAUGAAACUCUUGCGACCCGGUCCUACCAUGAUAACGAUUUUAUGUUACUUGGAGAACGAGGACCUCGCACUCAAACAGCUAUGCAUGCAAUGGAUCCUGUCAGUGGUAUUUUAUUUUACGCCCAAGUUGGCCGAAACGCUGUAGCUUGCUGGAAUACACAAAAGCCAUUUACAAUGGAAAAUCACGCCCUUUUGGCUCAAGAUGAUGCUAGUUUAAUAUAUCCUAGUGAUAUUAAAGUGGAUAAUGAUAAUAAUCUUUGGGUUAUUGCAAACUCUAUGCCAAUAUUCAUUUAUAGUGAAUUAGAUACUUCUAUACUUAAUUUUCAUAUAUAUACGGCCAAUGUGAAUGAUCUUGUAAGAGGUACUCAGUGUCAAAACCCAGAUACGUCUUCAAGCGGAUCUUACUCUUACAGAGGAUAAAUAAAAGACUA